UACAGAGGAUUUGGAGGCACCUCCAAAGGGCUCUCUCUGAAGGACUUGUUGUGUGGGCUCGUUAUUCUCACCAAGGGCUCUGUGGAGGAGAAAAUAAAAUUCCUGUUUGGGAUGUAUGCCGAUGACAGUUACUCCUUCGUACAGAAGGAGGAGAUGGACCGAUUGGUUCUGGAGUCUGAGGGACAGGUCUCCAAUGCUCUCUCUGACCUCUUUAUGGAGAAUGAUCAGGUGACCUUUGAUUAUUUUCGACUGUGGGUGAAAGCUCAUCCUGAUGCCACAGAAAUGACAAAAUGGCUGUUGAUGGAACCCAUGACGGUCAGUCUCUCGGAUGACACAGACACACCCACUUUCUAUCAAACUCUGGCUGGGGUCACACACUUGGAAGAGACGGACAUUAGUGAACUAGAGAAAAGAUACUGGGCUCUGAAGUCUCAAUCCAAAAGUGGGAAAUUUGAUCUUGACACAUUCAAGGCCAUGGUCUGUCCACCAGUGCCAGAGGCUAUUUGUGAAAGCCUUUUCCAUGCAUUUGAUGAAAACAGAGAUAAUCACAUAGAUUUUAAAGAGAUGGCUUGCGGAAUUUCAGCUUGCUGUAGAGGACCAGGAACUGAAAGACAAAAAUUUUGCUUUAAAGUGUUUGAUAUGAACCAUGAUGGCAAGCUGUGUGAGAGGGAACUAGUACAGAUGGUCAAAGCUUUACUGAGAAUACGAGAGGAAAACCAACCAACAAACACAAUGGAGUGUGAUCCUUUCUAUAACAUGGACCCAGAACUUGUAGCAAAAGAGAUUCUAGCGAGUCAUGAUGGAGACAAGGAUGGGUGUCUAACUCAGGCAGAAUAUUUAGUGUGGACAGUCAACAACACGCUGGCAGAUAAUUUCCUAGAUUUACUCAGUCAGAUAUGCCAUUUGGUUAUGGGCCUUAAACCUCAAACAAAAGAAGAGGAAGGGGAGAUAAUCAAGCAGUGGCUUCAGAGAGAAUCCAAGAAGAGUUUUGAGAUUGGUCAGGUAUGGUACCUGAUCAGCAUGACAUGGUGGAAUUCCUGGAUUGAAUAUGUCCAACCACCGUUGUUAAAUGGCAGGUUAGAUAGUGGAGAACAGGUCAGAAUGAAUGGAACAGAGGCUAUGCACAAAAUAACCAAAAGCAAGCAUGCCUCAAAAGCUCUUCCAUGGGAUGAUGACUCAGUUAUAAUUGUGAAUAUGAUAACAAAGGGAAAGAACUCAGAAUACAACACUUCAAUCAAUGGCAGUUUCAAAUCCAGCACAAUUCCACAAAGGUCCCAGUCUGCUUGCAGUAGUCCAAUUAAGACUUGUCUUUCUGCCUCAGACUCUAAUGGACUCACUAGUCUUAGUCCAGGUCCCUCCCCAAAGCUCCGCAAAAAAGGACUUCAGCAGACAAAUUCUCAUCCUGUGAAACCUGGGCCAAUCGAUAACACCAACCUUAUUACUCCUAACAAUUCAAAGGUAGUAAGUCUCACCAAUGAGGGAGGCAGGCUACGGAGGGAUACCAUGUUGGUAAGGGGCAAGGAUUUUGAAUUGGUGCCUGAAGUGAUAUGGAGGUCACUGUCAACCUGGUAUGGAGGAAAUAUUGCUCUACCCAGGACAGUGAUUGCCUCCAAAAAUAACAAUGGCAGUCCAGAACUGGAGCUGUAUCCUGUGACAGUAAAGCUGUUACGACACCAGGUUGUUCCUCAACGUCCCAACCCCACCUCAUUCUCAGGGGUCAUGUCCGGAAUAGGUGGCAUGGCCCUUAGCAUGACAAACUACGUCUCCAGUGCACCACCUAUUCCAAGGCGCUAUGUUGCUUUUACUGCAACCUUCAGCAAGCAACACACCAUACAGCAAGUAUAUGAAUUUCUCUGUACAAAAGUCAGAUUUAUCAGGGAGGACAUCAGGCUAUGGAAAAUAGGAAGUAAAGAUGAUAGCAUGACGCUCCUAGAAGAUGAAUCCAUGACAGUAGAAGAUUGUGGAAUAGAAGAAAACCAGUCACUGUUGAUAGAGGUUCGAAACAAGGACCUGACAUGGCCUGAAGAAAUGUCUCAGCUGGCCAAAAAUAAAACAUGUCGAAAAGAGCAAGUACCCACCCAGAAGGGAGCUACAGGACUUAACAAUCUAGGAAACACGUGUUUUAUGAAUGCUGCUGUACAGUGUGUGUCGAACACUUGGCCUUUAACUCAGUAUUUUAUUGGAGGGUUACAUCUGUUUGAACUUAACAGGUCUAAUCCUCUAGGGAUGAAGGGACAUAUUGCUCAGAGAUAUGGAGAACUAGUCAAGGAUCUGUGGAGCGGAACCUCCAAAACCAUAGCUCCUCUUAAGCUCCGAUGGACUAUUGGUAAAUACGCACCACGUUUUAAUGGCUUUCAACAACACGACUCUCAGGAAUUACUUAGCUUUCUUUUAGAUGGUCUCCAUGAGGAUCUCAACAGGGUUCAUGUUAAACCUUAUGUAGAACUGAAGGACAGUGAUGGCAGACAGGAUGAAGUGGUGGCUGAGGAGGCAUGGGAAAACCACUUAAGGAGAAACCAGUCCAUAAUCGUUGAUCUCUUUCAUGGCCAACUCAAGUCCCAAGUGCGCUGUAAAGAAUGUGGACACAUGAGUGUCCGUUUUGACCCAUUUAACUACCUCUCUCUCCCCCUUCCCAUGGACAGCUGUAUUCAUCUAGAAGUCAUAGUGACAAGACUGGAUGGAUCAGUACCAGUCAAAUAUGGCAUUCGACUCAAUAUGGAUGAAAAGUACAAAACUUUGAAGAAGGAGCUCAGUAGUCUGACAGGAAUUCCACCUGGACAGAUCCUGUUUGUGGAAAUCAUGGGACCAAUUGUCAAGGCAUUACCACAAGAUAACCACAAGGUUAAGACUCUACUAGGAGGAGUAUUGUACGCAUACGAGCUCCCACCUCAUGAGGAAAUCAAACCCAUGACAUUGGAGGAGGAGAAAGGAACUGUCCUCAAAAACUCUGUAGGCCUCAAUGAUAUUCAGCGAGGACUUGCCACAAAGAAGAUUCAACAGAAAUUAGAAAAUGGUCCCUCCUCGAUGUCCAACUCUUUAACAGUAGAGGAUAACUCUGCUAACAACACCCCCACACAUUCCCGCCAACCCAGUGAUGUCCCUACAAUGGGGAGUCUCCAGCCCACCCCAGAAAACCCUGCCCCCAAAGCCACCGCUGAACUCUUCUCAGGCUUUGUAAUAGGAGUUCAUAGAAAAAUGAACUUGAUGGAUGUAUACUUCUUGUCCUCACAAAAGGCCCGACCUGGACUGUUUGGGACCCCCAUUAUCCUCCCCUGUGUGGAGGAUACCACUAAUCAGGAUCUCUAUCAGUUUGUGUGGACACAGGUGUCCAGGCUGGUCAGUCCCCUCCCUCCUUCCGAGAUCAAGUCAGCCAACCACGCCCAGGACUGUGAUGACAGUUUGGGAUAUGAGUAUCCCUUCACGCUCAAAGUUGUCAUGAAGGAUGGAUUGUCCUGUGCCUGGUGUCCGUGGUAUAGGUUUUGUAGGGGGUGUAAGUUGGAGUGCAAUGCUGAUGACUUUAACUUUGGAAGUUCAUUUUUGGCUAUAGACUGGGAACCCACAGCGUUACAUUUACGAUACCAGACAGCUUUAGAAAGGUUAUAUGAAGAUCAUGAGAGUGUGGAGGAGAGCAGGAGGAAACAGACGGAGCCCAUUAACCUGGACACCUGUCUACAGGCCUUCACUACUGAGGAGGAACUGGGUGAAGACGAGCUCUACUACUGCUCCAAGUGUAAAAAGCACUGUCUGGCCUCCAAAAAACUGGACAUCUGGAGGCUGCCACCUAUACUGAUUAUAAACCUAAAAAGAUUCCAGUUUUUAAAUGGCCGAUGGGUGAAGUCACACAAAAUAGUGAACUUUCCUGUAGAGAAAUUUGACCCCUCAAAUUACGUAGCUCCUCGAGCACCAUUGAGUGUUAGUGAACAAUCAGUGACUUGUGUGUGUCAGAGUAAUAAUUCUGCUGAAGUAGAACAUGUGCCAAAUGGAGACAUUCCAAACCAUAAUGACUUACAGAUGGACAUAGAUAAAGAUGAAAAAGAAUCCAAAGCCUCACCAUGUAAGAAAUGUCAGCUCAUUCAAAACAUUCCAACUGCUGAUGAUCCCAUCAAGUAUGACCUAUCCUCUAUGUCAUGUCAUACAGGAAUUUUGGGAGGAGGUCAUUAUGUCUGCUAUGCUAAAAAUCCAAACCAGAAAUGGUACUGCUACAAUGACAGUAGCUGUAAGGAGUGUACAGUAGAGCAGAUGGAUUGUAAUUCAGCAUACAUCUUAUUCUAUGAAAGAGAAAAUAUAGACUUCAGUCAUUUCAUGCCAGAUGUGGACGGUAAAGAGCCCGACCUACAAGAAAUUGACGAUGAGUUCGAGUCUGACCUAAAAAAGGCAUGUGUAAUUCAGUGAUCCUAGGUCAAGGGCAAUUAAGUUAAAGUGUGUGACAAGUCCUUUUUUUUUUUUGGUGAUUUCUCUGUCUACUAUGUGUAAAGGAACAGCAGGAUUGAAAGUAAAAGAUUUCACAGUGUCUCUUUGCUACAGUGCUACAGAAUAUUUUCUAUAAAUGAUUGUUGUUUUUAUUUUUUUUUUAAUUUUUAAAAAAAUUUCCCCCCAAUCCUUGUACAACUCCUUGCUGAUAUUGUUUAUUUUUUAUUUUCAAACCAGUGAUACAUGUAUUAUCUACAAAAGAUGUAGAUGGUGUUUACCAUCGUUCCAUGAUUUCUUUCCUUUUUUUUAAGUGGAUUCAAUUUGUUUAUCUUUGUCUGUUUUGUUAUUAUGUAAGAAUAAGAACUUAGCGCAUAAAAUUUCAGAGGACAAAAGAAAUGAAAAGUUAAUUUUUUGUUCAUGAACAUGUUUUACACUCAAAAUUUACAGCAUUUUUAUUCAUUCACACUGCAGAAUGAUUUCUUGAAAUCAUCAUUUUUCACUAAACACCCCUCCCCUUUCCCUAUAUUCAUUUAUUAUUUCUUUCAUCCCUUUCAAAUGUAUGGGAACUGACAAAUUAGUCAAUGACAGCUCUUCUCUCUAUCUUAGUAACACUUUUUGACCUUAAUUACAUCCAAGAGAGAGAGAGAGAGAAUACCAUAUCUCGAUACACAGAGUCUAUACACAGGUAAAGGCUGAACAAUUUUUUUUCAGUCCAUGCACAUGUUUAAUGCCUUAAAAUAAUCACACAUGUUAUUUUCCAGGUUCAAGUUAGUCCUUUAGCAUUUAAUCAUUCUUAGAUCAUAUGACUACUCAAGGUGAAUAUAGUUUAGAUUUAGUUACGAACCAGCUUUCCUUUGUAUGCAGCCAACCUUAAAGAGUUUUGUGCAGUGUGGACAGUGUUUCUAGAGAGCAAAGAUCAUUGGGACAGGGAAUAGUGAAAAUCCAUUUCAUAUUUAUUGACGAGUUCAUUACAGAAAGUACAAGCUAAAACAACUGUUAGAGGAUAAAAUGUACUGUAAAUCAUUUUUUAUUCGGAAGAACUUUAUUUUCAUGUAAUUACGCAAGACAGUCUGCUCGUGAAAAUUUCAUUUCGCAUAUAUUUCUAUUAGUAUAGAUUAUAUAUACAACAAUACUUGGAAUUAAUGAAAACUUUGUCUCUCUUAUAAAUACUAAAUAUCUAUCUCGGGAAAAUAAGGUGUCGCCAAAAUUUGGUUAUCUACAGUAAUAAUAUUACAUAUUAUAUAAAAUAUCUAAGAGAUGAUAAGGUUGAUUACAUUGUUUAUUUGAUUAAAUUGUUUGUGUAUUACAUUGUAUUUGUUAAAUGUAAGAGCUUGAAAUUGGUGAGAAAUUACAAAAAGAAAUCUUCUGCCAGGGUUUAAACUAUCAAAUUCGGGGUGCAUUCAAGAUAACAGUGACUCUAUGUAGAACUAUUGAACAAUAUGCUUACCUAACAGACACAGGUAUGUAGGUUAGGGUUGAUGCUGGAUACCAAAUUAAAUCAAAGAUGGCCAGCUCAGUUUACCUCUUUGCCUCAAAUGAUAUGCUUACUUGAACUGAUGGUGGUGUUUUUUUUUUUUCAUUUAAGGGAAUUAAAUGUUUAUUUACCUACCACUCAAUUCUGAGGUUAGUUCAAAAGAGGUAUAUCUAGCAGAUAGGUUAUAGCUGCUACUGUCUUGAACUCAGCUCUGAUAAUGUCCCAAAGGUCAAAAGACCCAGUUUUGGUGCCAGAAACUUUUCUUUUUUUUAACCCCUUAUAGCAAGUUCCUAUGCAGUACCAACUAUUGUCGCCAGUGAGGCCCAGAUUCGGGAAUUAUUAUAAAUUUUACUUUUUGAGGAAGGAUCUUAUAAGAACAAAUAAAAUAAAUGAAAGUUUUUCAUGGAGGUGAAAAGCAAAUUUGUACAUGAUGAUAUUCGAAUAUUCUAGUCAUCUUUCAUUUAAACAUGACAUUGUAUUACUGUAGCUUCAUCAGUUUGGAGAAGUUAUGACUAUUUUUUAGAAGAACAUCAGUUUAGUCAUUAUUAAUUCAAUGUGUUUUCCAUGUCAGUUAAGUGUGUUGUUAGAAUGGUGGUACUUAGAUUUUUUUUUUAUCAGAAUGUGAUAAUACAAUAGUCAGAGUAGAUCAUUAAAAAUUUUUGUUGAAAUAUCACAGAUUUUUAAGAUAAUGUAAAUUAAAAUGAAAAAAAAAAUGUUGAUUAUGGUGAUUUUCUUAUUGUUAAUGUUGAGUAAUUCUGUGGUCAGUCAAUUCUACCUCAUAAUCCCUUUGUUGAUGUGUCAAUCUAGUUGAAAACAAAUCUUUUCAUAAUCAUUUAUUUAAUUUUUUUUUUAAAUGAUCAUUAUUAUUUCACUAACAUUGUACAUUCAUAGGUACUACAGAUACCAAAGUUCAAAUUUUUUAUAAACCUGCAGGAGUGGUGAUGUGUUAAUUUAUGAAAUUUAAUUUAUUACACUAUUAUGUAUCUUGAGACAUGUUGUGAAUUUUUUUUUAAAAAGGAAAAGGGCAUCAAAGGCAAUUCCUACAUUUCUUAGCUACUGAGAAAAUUUAUCAUUUUAUUUACAUGUAAUUUAGAAAUUUUAAGUUACAUAAUUAUACUGUACAUUUAACAUUGAUAAGAGUGAGGAGAAGAUGAUAUGUUAUUUUCUCAAGAUGACUGCUGUACAUUAAGGUUUGCUUUUUAGAAUUUCAGAAGUUUUUCCUUAUAUACAGUGUUCAGGUAUAUUGAUAACAUUGUCAAACCACUGUUGGUCUCAAUCUAAUUAAAAUUAGAUGUUUCUGAAUCCACUACUGCUUUUCAAACAAGUGGUAGAGGAUUCAGAACAUCCAAUUGCCUUUGCUCUGCAAAUUUUGAGACAAAGUGAAAGCAACAUGUAUGCUAUAUUGACAUAAAUGUAAAACAAUUAGCGAAACCAAAAUGAUGGAUAUACAUUCAUUAAUUCAUGCUUCUUCAGAUGCUUUUUUGUGACAUGACAAAUUAACAUAUGAAAUCAUAAAGGCUUGAUUAUCUGUAUUUCACUCUGUGCACUUUCAGUCAUUUUCUAAAUCAAAUCACUGUUCUCUUUGAAAACAGCAAGCCAUGUUGAUCCAGAGAUUCAAUCCAUUUAGUGAUAAAAUCUUGUGACUUACCAAAUGUUUUUGAUAGUGUUAAUCUUUUUGUUUUUUAAAAUUUAAAGGUUACGGACUGUAUAUAUCCAUAGGAAAAUCCAUGAGUACAAUGAUUUUUGUUAAGUACUGUAAUUGUUUGAUGAGUUACAUGUUGACUGUGAUUCUAUGUAUAACUUGUGAUUUGUCUUGUAUAGAUGAUUGCAGUUAUCUGUGAUAUUUAGUCGUUUUUGUUGAUGCUUAAUAUUCCACAAUUGUAGGAAGCAUCAUUGCCAUUCCUAUAUUCAGUAAAACUUUAUUUAAAAAAA